UAUAGAGUAUUUAUUCUUGUCUAUGGAUAACAGUUCCCAGAGGAUGCCAGUGAUUUCGUUUUAAAUAUUUUUUUAAAUCAUAUUAACAGUUUCUGAUUUAAUGGACUCAGGUAUUGUGCCACAAAGUUUUUGACCAAUAAUCGAGUACAAUUCGGUAAAAUCUAUCAAAUUGUAAUUCUUAUAAAAUGGAAAUAACCGCUAUAUUGAAGGAUAAAUUGAAUGUCGGGGAUAAUGUUGUUGCGGUAAUAUUGUCAAAAUAUUAUUAUUUAAAAUGUUGGAUGCAUAUAUUACAAUCGAUUUCAUUUAAUGUUUAGCUCCACGAAGGCGUGUUGUUACAAGGUUGGUCACCUAAAGCCCAUAGAUUAUUAGCCUUGGUUGAGCGUAAUUCAUCAUUUGGAUUAUUCAUAUUUACUACAUCAAGAAAUCCACCACAAGCAUUUACAGAUCUCACCAUCAAUUUUGUUGUACCCAUUGAUAAUGAUUUCAAAUGCGAUAUAGGUAUUAUAAAGAUUCAUAUCAUAACUUAAGAAAAUAAAUUCUCAAUUACCUACAUUUAAAAUCCAUAUCCAAAUCUAAAAGUUCAUAUACUUUUUUUUUUAGCAUUAUCAUUCAGUAAAUUAUUAAAACAAUAAUUUCUUCUUCUCCUUCACCUUCAUCCCAACUAUUAUGGGUCAGUCACCUUCAUCUUAAACUUCCACUUAACCUGAUCCUCCAUAUUGUUUACAUACACAUAUCAUCCUUAUAUCAUUUCCAACUGCAUCCAACCACCUCUUUUUCAGUCUUCCUCUCCCUCUUUUUUUCUUACAUCUAUUUUUAUUAUAAUUUGUACUGAUUUUGAUUAAUCUCUCCUAAUGACAUACCUAAAUCCAGUCCAUUAUCUAUAUUAAAACAUUACUAAUUUAGCUUUACAAUAUUAUAAGCGAUAUUUUUUAUUUAGAUUCAUUGUCUGGUGAAUCAAAUUCUGAUAUUUAUAUUAAUAUAUCAGCACGACAUGUAAAACUGUUGAUGGGCAUGAACUCUGGCCACGAGACUAAUAAUUUUUUUAGUGAAUUAUCUAGAUCCAUGGAACGUUAGUUUUUGUUUAAUAUACUAUUAAUUCAGAUUAUAUGAUGCUUAUAUGAUUAUUAUAACUUGUUUUAUUUUUGCAGUUUAUUUAAAAAAUGAUAAAACACUUGAUUUUCAAUGGUUGAAAAAAUAUAAUAUUAACGAUAUUGACUUAGAAUUAGGUUUGAUGAUGAAUGGAGGAGAUAGUAUGUCAAAUAAUUUAAAUAUAACAGCUAAUGUAAUAAUAUUUUUCAUAAUAUUGCAUUACUGAUUAUUGAAGUACUGAUAUUGUUGUUAAUUUUUAGAUGGCUGUCUCUGAAAAUGAUUUGUCAUUUCCUCAUACACAUACACUAAGUUCUCGGGAAAGUGUUAUACAGCGACAAAUGUUAUUGAGUGAAGAGCAAUAUACUAAUGCAGAAAAUUUCAGGUUAAUAUUUUAUUUUAAAUAAAUUUAGAUAGGUAUCAAGUUUAUAUAUUUUAUUUAUUGCUCUACAGUAUAUAUAUUGGUACUUGGAAUGUGAAUGGUCAACCAGCAUUGUCUCCUCUCAAUGAUUGGUUGACUUCUGAUUCUGAACCACCUGAUAUCUAUGCUAUUGGAUUUCAAGAACUCGACCUAAGCAAAGAAGCAUUUCUUUUUAAUGAUUCUCCACGUGAAGAAGAAUGGUUGUAAGUGAUUUAAGUGUUUUAACCAUUUAUAAUUUAUUUACUUUUUUGAUACUUAUAUCACAAAAAGUUCAUUAUUAAAUUAUUUUUUCUAAAUUUUACAGUUGAAUUUUGAAUUAUUUUUUCAUCUUUAUUAUCUAAUGAAAAACUGCAGAAAAAUGAAAAGAAAGUUCUUUUAAAGUUUUUAUUGAAACAAGAUUUCUGGUAGAAAAGUUGACAUAAAAAAAACCCACAUCAUAGUAAAACCAAAACAUUCUCCCUUACUCUAACAAUAAUUUAACAAGCUAUUAAUCAUUAUCUUGAUUUGUCAAUUAUUCUUUCUCAAUGAUAUUUUAUAAGUAAAUUAAAAUUGUAUACUAAAUAACAUAUUAAUUCAAUUCUUAUUUAUUAAUUAAUGUUGCUAAUUAUAAAUAUGAGGUGGUUAAAUACGGACUAUAUUACAUUAUAUUAGACUAUUAUAGUGUAUUACCUAUACCAAACAGUCUGAACUUUAUAUCAUGACUUAUAAUUAUUAUGUUCAGAAUUUGUCAACUACAACUCAAUUAUAAGAAAUUUUAAAUUAGCUUGUAUUCUUACACUUGUUUAAUAAGACUUAUUAUGCAAUGUCCAAUGUUUACUAUCCCACUGUUUAUUUGCCUUAAAAAUAUGCCUCAAGCGAAAAAUUCUCAUGUUAUGUAAAGGAGUUUUAUUUCAAUGAUUAUUAAUUAAUAAAAGGAGGAUGAUAUUUUACAGGCUGCACGAAACGACUUUUUUUUUUAAUGAGUCUAAAAAAGGUUAUUAUUUUGGCAAUAAAUCUCUAUUCUUACAUUUAUUUUUUCCCCAUAAAAACUACCCAACUUCUUCUCCCUAAAUGAGUGUCAGUAGAUUAACAAAAAUGUCUUAUAUUUAAAAUGUUAAAAAUAAUUUUCAAUUUUAUGAUUAAUUAAUUAGACAAGCAGUAUUAAAAAGUCUCAAUUCUAAAGGACAUUAUCGAAAAGUAUCAUUAGUACGUCUUGUGGGUAUGAUGAUCAUAGUGUUUGUAAAAAAUAAACACAUUGAUCAUGUGAAAAAUGUUGUUGCUGAUACUGUUGGUACUGGAAUUAUGGGAAAGUUGGUAAGUUUUUUUUAUUAGCAUUUUGAAAUACAUUUUUUAAUCAUCAAUUAUAAUUUCAGGGAAAUAAAGGUGGAGUUGCAAUUCGCAUGGAUUUUCAUAACACAUCUUUAUGCUUUGUAAAUUCACAUUUAGCAGCCCAUGUUGAAGAAUUUGAAAGACGCAACCAAGACUAUCACAAUAUAUGUUCACGAAUGGUUUUUUCAAAUUUCACACCUCCUAAAACUAUUAAAGAUCAUAAGUAUAAUUCGUUCAAAAACUAGAUAUGUAAAUUUUAUUUUACCUUUAUGUUUUUAAUUUGAACGCUUUAUGUGUUUAUUUCAGUCAAGUUUAUUGGUUUGGUGAUCUGAAUUAUAGAAUAACUGAAAUGGACGCAGCAUCCGUAAAAGACUUAGUAAGCAAAAAUCAUUUUAAAAUUGUAUUAGAAGCAGAUCAACUAAAGCAACAACAUAGGGCUGGAAAUGUAUUUAAAGGUUAUAAGGAAGGUUCAAUACAUUUUCUUCCUACCUAUAAAUAUGAUGUAGGUACCAAUGACUGGGAUAGCAGGUAUGUUUUAAAAUAGUAUACACUUUUGAAUUAUUAAUGUCAACUUAUUUACGUUUGAUAAGUGAAAAAAAUCGUGCCCCUGCAUGGUGUGACCGAAUAUUGUGGCGAGGCAAUUCAAUUAAACAACUUGCUUAUAGAAGCCAUCCUAAUUUACUGAUCAGUGACCAUAAACCAGUCAGUGCAUUAUUUGAAUCUGAAGUAAGAUUCUAUGUAUAUAUUUUACUCAUUAUUUUAUAAAUAUGUAUAAAUAUAUAUAUAUAUAAUAGAAGCAGUCCUUAUAUAUAUAUAUAUAUACCCUAUCACAAUGAAAAAGGUCAAUUUUCUCUAUCGCCCAUAAAAACUGUCGUAUCUCUAGUUAUCCAAGAAGAUUAGAUAUUAUUCUUUUAAAAUUGAGUGAUAUAUUGUAUUUCCCGCGAAAAAAGACAUGUUUAAAUAUGAUUUUUGGAAUUUUUAAGUGUAAUUAAAGCUGUUACUUUUAAAUACUUUGAUUUUUCUCAACAUUUAAGGAGUAUCCUGUAGUGAUACAAACUUUGGUUUUUCAAAUGAGAAUCUAUAUUACAAAAUUCCAUAAAUAGAUGUAGUAUUACUAUAAAUAAAUUUCGCUGUUAAAAUUUUUGAUUUCUGUCAGUUUAUUGACAAGAUAUUUCAUUUUUAAGUUUAGGUAGAGUGGUAGAGCACUAAUAAAAUACUGUUACGUAAAUGAUACUUCACUACUUUCCCUCACUUGAAAGUGGAAUAUCUUAUUAAGGGGUUGACAAAAAUUAAAAAUAUUUACACCAAAAUAUACUUAAAGUAAUAUUCUGCUUAUUUAUAGAUUUUUUAAACAAAGUUUCUCAUUGAAAAAACCAAAGUUUGUGUCAUGAAAGUAUACUUCUUAAAUGCUGUGAAAAAUCUGAGUUUUCUAAAAUAUCGGCUUUAACUACACUUAAAAAUUCCAAAAAUCAGAAUUUGAAUACACCCAAAAUUUAACUAAAAAAAUGGGGUGAGCACGCUUAAUGAAUCAUCCUGUAUAUAUAAUAUAAUAUACUCAAGUAAAUUUUAAUUUCAAUUUUUAUCAGAUCAAAAUUGUUGAUAUGAAUAAGUACAGAAAAAUUCACGAGCAUAUUAUGAAAAAAUUAGAUAAAGCAGAAAAUGAAUAUUUACCUCAAGUGAUGGUUGAUAACACUGAAAUUAUUUUUAACAUGGUUAAAUUUAUGGAACCGCAAAUAAAAGAAUUGACUGUUGCCAAUACUGGUCAAGUUCCUGUUCAAUUUGAAUUUAUAAAAAAAUUAGACGAUUCAACAUAUUGUAAAGAAUGGUUACGAAUUGAACCCUUUACAAGUUUUAUUGAUCCUGGUAAAUAAUUCAAUGAUAUUAAUAAAUAUAAAAUGUUAAUAACUAAAAAAAUUAAAACAAUAAUGAUAAUAUUUUUUUUAGGUGAAAAAUGUGAUAUAACUUUAGAAGUUAUGGUGGAUAAAAGAUCGGCGUAUAAAAUGAAUAGUGGGCAAGAUAAAUUGUACGAUAUAUUAGUAUUACAUUUAGAUGGUGGGAAGGAUAUUUUUAUCACUGUUACAGGUAAAUUUUUGUUAAAUAUUUUUUUAAAUUUAUUUUUGUGCACAAUAAUUUAGACUUUAUUUUUAGGUACAUACGAGCGAAGUUGUUUUGGGUGUUCAUUAGAUACAUUAUGUUACUUAAAAGUUCCCAUUAGAGAUAUUCCAAUUGGAAAACUUAUGGAACUUGUAAGUAAUUAUUUCAAUUUUUAGUAUCUGUAAUCAAUACUUUGCACUGUUUUUAAUAUAUUACUUAAUUUAGGAAAACAAUAAAAAUAAUUCAACUUCAGAUCCUUACCCAGUACCUAAAGAAGUGUGGUAUCUAGUCGAUCAUUUAUACAGGCAUGGUCUUAAAGAAGAACAUUUAUUUGAAAAAUCUGGUCUCAGAUCUGAAUUUAUCCAGAUUCGAAAUUGGUUGGAUAAUGGAACUCCAGAUGCAUUGCGUAUAACAUUUUUCUUGAUUAAUGAUUAUUUAAACAAAAUAGGUGACUUUAACAAUAUGUAUUUGUUGUCAAAUUGUUUUAUUAUUUUUUCAGCUGGUAGUGUGCAUUCUGUAGCUGAGGCUUUAUUAAUACUAUUGGACAGUACAUCAGAACCUAUAAUACCAUAUAAUUUACAUAGUACUUGUUUUUCUUCAGUAUCAAAUUACGGUCAAUGUAAACAAGUCAGUGUUAUUUACAAAUAUAUCAAGUUAUAAAAUAUUUACAAUUUUAAUUUGUGCUUCAUUUUUUAGAUUAUUUCUCAGUUACCAGAACGAAGUAAAAAUGUAUUUUUAUAUCUUUGCGCUUUUCUUCAAGAACUAUUAAAUCAUGUCAAUGAUAACAAUUUAGAUGUAAAAACUAUAGGUUAGUUACUCUAGUUAAUAUUCUUUAGUUUUAAAGUAAUAAAAUGUUUGUUUAAUCCAUAUAUUAUGUAUUAUCCAGCAUCUGUUUUUGGUGAAAUAUUUAUUCGAGAUCCUCCCAGGUCCCGUUUAGAUAAAUCUGGUCAUAAUAAAAACUCAAUGUCAAGAAAGAAGAUCAAUUUUGUGUACCAUUUUCUAGUCAAUGAUCAAUUGAUAUAAUUAUUGGUACAUCAAUUUAAAUAUUGAGUUAUAUCAAAGGAAAAUUUUAAAUUAUUGAUUUAUAAUCUCUAUAAAUUGUUUUUUAUUUAAAUAAUUUUACUAUAAAAUGACAUUUUAAAAUUCAAUAGAGCUUAUUAUGAUUAUAGUCUUUUAAGCAACACAUUUUUUAACAUAUUAUAUUCAGUGAAUUGUUUGCUGAACAAAAAAUAUUGUACCAUUUAGUUAAAUAUACAUUUUUAAAACAUUUCAAAUAGAUAGAUCAUAAUUUAUAUUUAGUAUUAUCAUUAUUUAUUAAUUAUGAAAUUUAUGUAUGUCAAUUUAUUUAUUUAGUUAAAUUUAAAUCCCUGAACUAUUAUAAUAAUAAACAAUUCUCUAUAGUCUGUUUAAAUCUGUUCAAUCUUAAAGGUAUCUUUGUUGAAUAAUAAAUUUAAAAUUUAAAUAACAUAAUUUCGACAAUAAAAUAUAUUGAUAAUAUUUCUAAGUUAAAUUAUUUUAAUAUGUGCAAUAUUAAGUAUAUUUUUUAUUUAAUUUGUAUUGAUUAAUCAUUUAAGUAACUUCUCACGUAUGUUAUCUAAUAUUUAUAUGCUAUUAGUACACUAUAAUACACAUUUUGAAAAAAAAAAACAAAUAAAGACAUGCCUGAAAAUGUAUCUUAUAUAUUUUGUAUUCAUUAAUAGCAAAUAACUUGGCAACCUAACCUAACUUUGUACAUUUAAUUUAAUAUUGAUUUGUAAUUAGUAAUUUUCUUUAUGCUAUUUAAGUAUUGAUUGUAUAACUUUUUUAGCUAUAAUUUUCCUCUGUGAUAAAUAUAUCCAUAUAUACCUACCUAGUAUAUAGUAUUAUUUAUUUUAGAUCAUAAUUAUUUAUAAUGAAUAUUGUACUUAUUAAAUUGAUUCCUGUUUGUAUUUGUUCUUUAUAGUAUUUUAAGAGCAUUAUAUUUAAUUUUUUUUUUUAAUUAAUCCAUAUGGAUAGUAAAAUUACUGUCCAUCUUAAUUUAUUUUAGAUAUCCAUCUAGCUUUUAAUCAAGUUUUUUAUUGCAAUACUUUUGUUUUCACUUUGUUUUUGUUUUUAUUAUUAUUGAAAUAAAAU